AUGCGCUUUCUACUUUCUGGGGUCGUCUUCACAUGUCUGCUCCUGCAGGGAUCUACCGCCUUUGUGCCUGCAUCGAGAAGAGCAGCCAAGAAGACCGCGAAAUCGCUGUUGCCAUCAAGUGUUAGCUUCGAUGUUCCAUCUUGGCUUGUGGAUGCUUCUGCCACAGUUGACAGCUCGGUUUCCCUUCCAUCGGCAUUGCAGUUUCCUGAAUUGAGUCAACAACUGGCCAGCUUGGCUGCAUCUGUCAAUUUGAACGGAGUUAUUGACCCAGAACUUUCUGCUUCCUUGUCGUCGGCUGUCACUGUACCAUGGUACUUGGAACUUAUUGCAGCUUUUGCGGCUGGCAAUGCCUUUUUGUUAUGGCUCAAUUCACCCGACAAUGAAAUGGAGGCACCGUACGAACCUGGCACUACCACCUACUCUCCCGAAGCUGCCGCUGAGUAUUAUGGAAGGCGUCCGCUGCUGGUGGCCAAACGAAUUUUGCGUCUUGCCUUGUUGACGGGAGCCUUCAACACGGGAGUCCUUUUUGAUUGGCUGAUUUUGGGCAAACUUUUUCGCGAUGAAGAGUACACUGCUUUGAAACGAGCUGAACCUCGUCGAGCCAAGGUCGCUCUGUCCCUUUGUGAAAAGCUUGGCCCAACCUUCAUUAAGUUGGGUCAAGCCUUGUCGAUUCGAACUGAUCUUAUACCAGAGGCGUAUGCCUUGGAAUUACGAAAGCUACAAGAUGCUGUGCCACCCUUUGAUAGUGAUGAAGCCCGACGAGUCAUCUGCGAUGAGCUUGGAAUCAGGGAUGUUUCGGAAGUCUUCUCAACUUUGUCUUCAGAGCCAGUGGCUUCUGCAUCUAUUGGACAAGUCUACAGGGGGACCUUGGCAACCAAUGGAAAAGAUGUAGCUGUCAAAGUCCAGCGGCCAGGGAUUCUAGCAGAAAUUGCGCUGGAUCUACACGUUUUGAGGGUUCUUUCGCCCAUUCAAACGAUCCUCCAAAACGCCGCCAACGGACUAAAGACUAGCCAAGUAGACAUCGACAACGCAAUUUUGCUCAUCGAUGAAUGGGGUCGUGGCUUUGUCGCGGAAACCGAUUACCUCUUGGAAGCUAAGAACACGAUUGACUUUGGCAAGGCCAUGGAAAACAGAGGCCUCAAUGCGGUUUGCGCCCCUCGGGUGGUUGACACGAUGACACGCAACAAAUUGUUGGUGACCGAAUGGGUUGAAGGAACAAGAUUGGAUAGAGAUGCAUCACCAGAUGUUCCCCGGCUCUGUGGUGUUGCCAUCAACGCUUAUCUGACCAUGCUGUUAGACACUGGAGUGCUGCACUGUGAUCCACACCCUGGAAACUUGCUGCGUACAAUGGAUGGAAAAUUGUGUAUCUUGGACCAUGGAAUGACGUUGGAAGUUCCGAAGGACCUUCAAUACAGCCUCCUGGAAUUCAUCGCUCACGUCAACACUGAGGACUACGACGCAAUUCCUCAGGACUUUAUCAACCUUGGAUUCUCACCAGAGGGCGUCACAGCGGAUAGACUCAAGGACAGUGGCAUCACAGAAGGACUUACGUUUGCAUUUCGACAGCUUAGCGAGGGCGGAGGGCCCAAAAAGAUCCAAGAACGUGUCAAGCAAGAGUUCCAAGAACGUUACGGCUCAGACCUUUCCGACAAGGAGCUACAGCAAGCAGCGCGAGCAGAAAUGCUGGAGCGUAUGGAAGCGCAGUUGGCCUCCGAAGGAGUAGACGUGAAGGGAGUUACGAACGUCAUGGAGGAAAUGUCUCGCAGGAACAGAGAGCUCUUUGCGCUGCCACCGUACGUUUUGUAUGUUGCCCGUGCAUUUAGCACACUCGAAGGAAUUGGGUUGAGCGUUGACGAAAACUAUGGGAUUCUGCAGGAAUGUUAUCCCUACCUUUCACGUCGGCUCUUCACUGACCGAAGCCCCCGAGCUAAGAGCGCCCUCCGCGCCAUGCUUGGUCUGUCCGAAAAUGCUGUUAAGGAGGACGCAUCUACACUUGCCAUUGUCCAGGCUGGAGCACGAGGAGAGGAUCUAUCGUCUACUGGUGCGAGCAGGAGUAGCAGUCUUUCUCCGAGCAAACUGGUUGAAAUGAGCGAAGGGUUUGCUUCGUACACCGCAGCCACGGCUGAUGUUGACCGAGACGGAGCUGGACAAGCUGCAGCUGUAGCAGAGUUCACAAAGCUUCUGUUGGAUCCAAAGGGGUCAACACUACAAGACAUUCUUGUCGAUGAAACUGCAAAACUCGGGGACGCCGCCGUAGUCUCUGCCCUUCGAGCUGCUCUUGUAGACAGCACCGUUGCGAAGGCCGCUGCGACCGCUCUAAAGACUCCAAAGGAGUUGCUGAGGAAUUCCCCAGCAAGCAAUUUAGUCCCGGGCCCUCUCAAAGCAGCGCUCUUCGACAGACCGGCUGAGCUUCCCGAACUGGUGGAUGUUCUUCUGCGUUCCAGUGCCGAGGAUGAACGCAUCCUUUCGACUGCACAGGAACUGACAGAUGUCAUCUCUAAGAGAUCCAGUGACGGAGGCGACAAUGUCGAAGCAUUGACCGGUUUGCUACGCGACGAAGAAACCAGAGCGACAGUGACUGAACAGCUACCAGGCAUUGCGGCCUUAAGCCGUCGUGUUGGGGCUGGACUGCUUCGGCGUGCGGCCUACCGAACGGAACAAUCCGCAAUCCUCCCAGGGAGCGCCAAAGAGGCUAUUAGCAGAGCAAAUGAAGCUUUGGCGGAUGCAAUUGACUACGACGACCAAGGUGCGCGCUAA